GAGUGGCUCUCCUACCCCAAGGACAGGCUGUGUCUGUGGGUAGCGACAGACCACAAUGUGGAUAACACCACGGCUAUACUAAGGGAGUGGCUGGUGAAUGUACAGGGACUUUACCAUUCUGUCGAAUGGCGACCUAUGGAUGAGCCAAAAUCCUACUUUGACGAAAUGGGGCCUAAGCAUUGGUCUGACUCCCGCUAUGAGCAUGUGAUGAAGCUGAGGCAAGCAGCACUGAACUCAGCCAGGGAUCGAUGGGCUGAUUAUAUUUUGUUUCUCGAUACAGACAACUUCCUGAUCAACCCUGACACCUUAAACCACCUUAUAGCGGAGAACAAAACAGUUGUGGCACCCAUGUUGGACUCGCGCUCUGCAUAUUCCAAUUUCUGGUGUGGAAUGACUGCUGAGGGUUAUUACAAGCGGACCCCAGCCUACGUGCCCAUACGGAAGCGGGACCGACUGGGCUGCUUCCCAGUUGUCAUGGUCCACUCCACGAUGCUGAUCGACCUCCGUAAAGAGGCCUCCAAGCAACUGGCGUUUUACCCUCCACACCCAGAUUACACCUGGUCUUUCGACGACAUCAUUGUCUUUGCUUUCUCAUGCCGACAAGCAGAGGUCCAGAUGUAUAUCUGUAAUAAGGAACGUUAUGGGUUCCUGCAGGUGCCACUGAAGUUGACCAGCACCAUGCAGGAUGAGAUGGAUAGCUUCACUCAUGUCCAUUUGGAGAUUAUGGUGAACCACCCUCCCAUGGAGCCUUCCAAAUACUUGUCUGUGGCACCAAAGUACCCCGAUAAGAUGGGCUUCGAUGAGAUUUUUCUGAUCAACUUGAAACGCCGUCCAGAUAGGAGAAUGCGAAUGCUUAAUUCGCUGCAUGAGCAGGAGAUUGCAUGCAAAGUAAUUGAUGCUGUUGAUGGAAGGGCUUUCAACAGCACCCAGAUAAAGGCGCUUGGUAUCAAUAUGAUGCCAAAUUAUGAAGAUCCUUACUCGGGCCGGCCUUUGACCAAAGGGGAGAUGGGCUGUUUUCUCAGUCACUACAAUGUCUGGAAAGAGAUUGUCGACCGAGGAUUGCAGACCUCUGUGGUCAUUGAAGAUGAUCUACGGUUCGAGAUCUUCUUCAAGCGGAGACUGAAAUAUUUGAUGAAGGAAGUGGAGAAGGUAGCACUCGACUGGGAUCUGAUCUACAUUGGCCGAAAGCGGAUGCAAGUGGAUCACCCAGAAAAGUCAGUGCCUGGGGUCCGGAAUUUGGUCGAGGCUGAUUACUCCUAUUGGACUCUCGGAUAUGUCCUCUCACUCCAAGGAGCACAGAAGCUCAUUGAUGCCAAGCCAUUCACCAAGAUGUUACCUGUGGAUGAAUUUCUGCCCGUGAUGUAUAACAAGCACCCAGUGUCUGAGUACAUGGAUCACUUUGAGAACCGUAACCUGAGGGCUUUCUCUGCGGAACCGCUCCUCAUCUACCCGACGCAUUACACAGGUGACCCAGGCUAUGUGAGCGACACAGAGACCUCCACGGUCUGGGACAACGAGAAGCUGAAGACGGACUGGGACCGCGCCAAGUCACAGAAGACCAAGGAACAGGCAAAAAUCCGGGAAGCAGCACAGAAUCUGGACAUGUCGCAUUCUCCCAUUGACUCCGCCUCCAGAGAUGAACUGUGACCCAUGGGUUUGUAGCAGAGUUCAAUGACAGUUUGUAGCCGGGGAGUCUGGAAUAAACGGGGACAGGGAUGUGACCCGUACUUGAUUGAGUUGAAAUGACUUCUGAGCCCCAGCUACGCUCAGUGCUGUCCUUCACUGUGGUUUUCAGGGUAACUGGGCGGAGCGGUUGUGCUGACUAACCAUUAAUUGUUGAUUAACUUUGCAAUGUGCCUCAGUGUAUAUUAAUAGUUAGGACUACACCAUCCACCUCAAAAGGACUGCAUACCUCACAGGGCCACUGCUACAAAUGAGUUGCAUGUUUCCGUGUUUAAUUUAGCAGAGUAGGUCUGCAACCUGGGCAGUAACACCAUGUAUAUUGACUCAACAGCCUUUUGUACACUCAGCCAAGUAUUCAGUUGUGUUGAGGGAUGUCAAACAGUGAGUGUGUCUUGGGCAUCUGUCUCAAUACCACCCACUUUGUGCUACUGUCCGUAAGGUGUAUUUCUACCAAGCUGUCUUGACAUUCUGUUUAUACUCCAGAUGUAAUACAAUAUCAUAAAAUGUAUUUUUGUUACAGCUAUUUCACCCUUUAAUUAUCAUUUACAGGUGGAUCUUCCUCUCCCUGAGUUUAUUGUGCUUUGGGUUUUCGCUUCCUACGCAUUUUAGUGAUUGAUUGCCUCGAGAUCUCAUUGUCCUCUUUCAGAGCCUUGACACCAACAUGACAGAUUACUGUAGCCACAGGAGCAGGCACUCUGGGCAAUGAAUUGGCUAGGAAAUUAGCCAGAUCUCCUGUUCUUUAAACCACCAUCCUCACCGGCCCAGGUUUGGCCACAGUGUAGAGGAACACAUGAACGUUAUGUAUGAAUGUGAACUCAGUGGCCUGAUGCUGUGAUUAUGGCCUGAAAGUAAUUGGGAGUGAAGUGUCGAAUGGCAUUGUUUAUUUUACUGAUGACGGAACAGGUUUGAGGGGCUGAAUGGCUUCUUCCAGUUCCUGUGUUCUCCAGACCUGGAUUAUCAACAUGGUUAGUACUUAAAGUGAAUAGAAAUGUUGAGAAUGUCCCUAACAUUGUUUGUAAGCUGGGACUGUUCCAUGUUUGAAGAGCAUGGAUUCCACUUUUGUUUUCAAGUUCAUUUUUAUUCUGGGCAAGAAUAGAGAAAAUGUGUAACAAAAUUGCAGAGAUGGUUAACGCCCAGCCCAUUCAGUAUUUUACUCUUGCUUCUAAAGUCAGAACUGCUACUGGGGUGUUAUGUAGCCAACGGGUAGCUACUAUCAUUUCAACAACAGUGUCUGCUACAUUUAUUACAAAUCUCUUGGCAUCUCCAUCUGACGCGAAUCCAAGACUUUCAAAUUCCUGGAUCCAGCUGCUCUUUAAAUUUAAUGCACUCCCUUGUUGCCAUGGGGAUAACAGAUGGCCAGAGCAUGAGUCAGUUUUACAUCUGUUCCUCUGUGUUUCCACCCAUCCCGGAUCUCCUAAAUUAAACCGUUUCUUUUCCAUAGGAAUAGUCUAGACUAUAGGCCCACAAUUAUUCAGCCGUUGUCUCUUGGAAGGAUUGAGUCUUCAUCUCCUAAGCCACUACAUGUUGCUUGUAUAUGACAAGGUAUUGCAAGUUAAGGGAACGUUCCAUAUACUCCUUAACCCCAGUACAUUGACCUGAAGUAUCACUGGUGCAUUUAGCUAGUGACAAAGGUCAGUAAACCCAUUCCAUACUGUUGCUGUCAUGUACUCAUUACUUUUUGUAGCUGUGUAGCUUCUUUUCUGAGUUAUCUCUUGAGCUUAGCCUUUUUACUUCCCUUGCUGGCCCCCUUCCUGCUGCCUCCCCCUACCUCUCCAUUUUUGUGUAUUCUUUAUAUUUGCUCAGUGCAGCGUGCAACUGUAUAAUCCAAGCUGUUCAUUUUUCUUGGCUCUAGUCCAUCUCCCACUGCCCUCUAGUCAGUUGCAAGGUUUUAACAUCAUAUUCUGCCAUAUCUGGAUUCUUGGUGUAGUGCUUCCUGAGCCUUUCCGAGACUUGAAAAGUCUCCCGGUGUCCUCUGUAAGAACUGAGAGAGCAACAGCCUGUUCAAGCAGGAGCCCAGCUUGGUCCAAACUUGUAACUUGGUCCAAAUGCCAUGAAGGAGUUGAAAAUGAAGACUGAAGAUUAGUGUCGAAGAGUCUGGUGCUGGAAAAGCACAGCCGGUCAGGCAGCAUCCGAGGACCACACUCUUCGACUCCGAAAUCCAUGAAGGCAGUUAGAGCCUUUGUUGCAACCUCAAUAUUUUCGCUCUCAGCCCAGCUCAGACUCCUGAGCCCUACUUUGGGAUGCCCUGCCUUAGCCUCUCCAGAUGUUCCUCCAAAUUCUCCCUCAGUUUAACCCAGCAGUACCUGCUGAAGUCACCGAGUGGGGACUAAGCCCACAAACUUUGCCCCCAGAAGGAAAGCCUGAUCAACUGAGCCAACAGUGAAAUCAUUUGGGAUAAUGGAUAAAGUUUAACAUUUAGAAUUUCCACAAGGCUUUCCCAUCGUUGAGGAUGAUACACUAAAACUCCAAAUAUUCUGGUGGACUGUGGCACAGAAGUAGGCCAUUUGGCCCAACCAGCCCGUUCUGAGAGAGUUCCUGUGAACUGAACUGGAUUGACAAAUAUUCAUGGCCACCUUCCUGCCAUCCACCCUCUCGGAACCCGGUACGGAUGGUAUUGCAAGAGUACUGGGGAGCAGCAGCAGCAGCACUCUGUCAAUAUCCAGAAAGAUAACUGAAACCAGCAACCUUCGCCCUGUCCCUUCACCUUCUUGGCCUUGAACAUGCACACACUGAGCUGACGCAAGGCCCUUGUUGAAGACAUGGAUUUCUGAUCUAAAUCUUGGGAUUUCCCUUUAAUUUUCCACGCACUGCCUCCUUUGCUGGAAUCCUGUGUAUCUCUAACUUGGACUAUGCAUGGUAAUUGAGGUACAUUCAAAACACCAGGUGCCUUGAACCUUUUACAGUUAUACAGCACUUGUUUACAGUUGAUCAUCAUCUCCCUGUUUUUACCCAGUUGUAUAUUUUUGUCCACCUCACUCUCCGCUCUGAGCUCCUGAUUCCUCUGCCCUUCCUGUUUUGGUGCUACAAAACUGACUGAAGCUGUGUUGGAUUUCUGAGUAUUGAUUGUAAUUAGAAACUCUGGUGCUCCCAACAUGGGUCAUUCCACUCGUUUUACCUCUCCCACACCGACAUUCUUUUUUUUUUUGAAUCCUCUGCCCAAAUGAUGCAGGUCCUGAAUCUACCCCAGCUGGAACGUGACUGAACCCAGUGCCAUUGGCACCAAUCAAAAUCUAAAAGGGCUGUUAAUCGACUGAGCCAAACCCCACCUCAUGGGAAAGGGAAACUAUGUUGCUAGACAACUGAGUUGUAGCUGGAGUUAUGAUGGUAGAGUGGUGGUGGUGCUCAAAUUCUUGACUGCCCAGAGAUCUCUUUUGCCCCUACUGCCUGCUGUUGACGUAUGCUUGAAGAGCUUGCAGUUUGAUACUCAACCUGUCUGGCCAUGUUAUGAGCUUCCUUGCUUGGCUGUCAACCGUUAGAGUGGUACUCAAACCUGGAGGCAGGAGUGCAAUCAGCUGCAACACCAGAUGACUUACUCUGGUAUCACUUCUCCAAUUAAAGUGCCUGUUGCUUUCUACUGUACAGCUAUGGGGCUAUAGCCUAGGAAGGAUCAGUGAUUUCGAGAGGAGGGAUGGGGAAGAAUUGAGGAGUGAUGUUUCUACAGCUGUCUUCCCUGACUGAGAGUCCAGCAGUGCCUUUCCAAAUCAACUCCUCUGCUCUCUCGUCCUCCCUCUCUGUAAUUUGACAAAAGUUGAUUAUGGAUCAGCAUUGAUGAUAUAAAUUAAAUGACAUGGGUAUGUGGUUUCGAACUACCUGAUGUUUAAUUGCUGCCAAUUGUACAACAAAAGAACGUCAAAACGUGCAAAAAGAGGUUUUUUUGUAAAAUGGACAAGGCUGCCAGCGAUGAACACCAGUCUGACAGCGAGAUGGCAGAUUUACCCCGACACAUCCGGUAUUCUAGCAAUACCGAGGAAUUUUACAAGUUAUUUAAUAUUUCACAUUUUGUGUUUAUAUCUAUGUUUACUUUGCAAUUUACAAUAAAGAUUUUAUACAAAUGCGACUACUUCACUUU